CUCCUAGUUCCGCGAUCGCGUUUUCUACCAAUUCGUGAUCAAGAUCAAAGAUCCCGUUGAAUUUGCCCACUUCUGUCUUUUUUCUGCCGUUCCCUGGUUCCAUUUGAUUUUCUCAGAUCGACAUACAUCACAUCCUUGCAAUCAUCAGUCAAUCCUUGCCGACUUGAGAAGCUAAUAUGGAUUUCCAACGCAGCACCGCCGAACUCAAAGAUGACACCGUCAUUGUAGUACUAGGUGCAUCCGGAGAUCUUGCGAAGAAGAAGACUUUCCCCGCGCUCUUCGGCCUCUACCGCAACAAGUUCCUGCCCAAGGGCAUCAAGAUCGUCGGCUAUGCCCGGACAAACAUGGAUCACGAAGAAUACCUGAGACGUGUGCGCUCAUACAUCAAGACUCCCACCAAGGAAAUCGAAGAGCAACUGGAUAGCUUCUGCCAGUUCUGCAGCUACAUCUCCGGCCAGUACGACAAGGAUGACUCGUUCAUCAACCUCAACAAGCACCUCGAGGAGGUGGAGAAGGGCCAGAAGGAGCAGAACAGAAUCUUCUACAUGGCGCUUCCCCCCAGUGUCUUCACCACCGUCUCCGACCAGCUGAAGCGCAACUGCUACCCUAAGAGCGGCGUUGCUCGCAUCAUCGUUGAGAAGCCCUUCGGUAAGGACCUGCAGAGCUCGCGCGACCUCCAGAAGGCCCUCGACCCCAACUGGAAGGAGGAGGAGAUCUUCCGUAUCGACCACUACCUGGGUAAGGAGAUGGUCAAGAACAUCCUCAUCAUGCGCUUCGGAAACGAAUUCUUCAACGCCACCUGGAACCGCCACCACAUCGAUAACGUUCAGAUCACUUUCAAGGAGCCUUUCGGCACUGAGGGUCGUGGCGGUUACUUCGAUGAGUUCGGUAUCAUCCGUGAUGUCAUGCAAAACCACCUGCUGCAGGUCUUGACCCUGCUUGCCAUGGAGCGCCCUAUCUCCUUCUCUGCUGAGGAUAUCCGUGACGAGAAGGUCCGUGUUCUCCGUGCGAUGGACGCCAUUGAGCCCAAGAACGUCAUCAUCGGUCAGUACGGAAAGUCGCUGGACGGCAGCAAGCCUGCCUACAAGGAGGAUGAGACCGUCCCCCAGGACUCUCGUUGCCCCACCUUCUGCGCCAUGGUUGCCUACAUCAAGAACGAGAGAUGGGAUGGUGUUCCUUUCAUCCUGAAGGCCGGAAAAGCCCUGAACGAGCAGAAGACCGAGAUCCGUAUCCAGUUCCGUGACGUCACGUCUGGAAUCUUUAAGGACAUUCCCCGCAACGAGCUCGUUAUCCGUGUCCAGCCCAACGAGUCCGUCUACAUCAAGAUGAACUCCAAGUUGCCCGGUCUGUCCAUGCAGACUGUGGUGACCGAGCUCGACCUCACCUACCGCCGCCGCUUCUCCGACCUCAAGAUCCCCGAGGCCUACGAGUCCCUGAUCCUCGACGCCCUGAAGGGCGACCACUCCAACUUCGUCCGUGACGAUGAAUUGGACGCCAGCUGGAGAAUCUUCACCCCUCUUCUGCACUACCUUGACGACAACAAGGAGAUUAUCCCCAUGGAAUACCCCUACGGAUCCCGUGGACCCGCGGUUCUGGAUGACUUCACGGCCUCUUUCGGCUACAAGUUCAGCGAUGCCGCUGGCUACCAGUGGCCCUUGACCUCUACCCCCAACCGGUUGUAAUUGAUGGCAUAGCCAUCAGGACACGCUGAAGGUGGGAGUGGGGCCUCACGAACGAAGUAAAAUGUCAGACUAAGUUAUGAAAA